AUUUUCAGCUAAGCUGCAUCACGUUCAACAGCAUCAAUCACACGCAUAGACCAAUCCUUCCUACUUGAACAGCAAUCUUCAAUUGUCGCAACAUUACACAACUUUCAAAUUCAACUUUUCAAACUACCAUCAUCAUCCUGAUCGAAUUCGAAGAGUACCACGAACCAUGGCAGCACUCACUCGAACACUUCCUGCAUCAUGGUUCUGUAGCAAGCCUCUAUAUCAGCUUGAAAGACUAGCAGUAUUCCUGAAAUCAUGGCAUCUUCUAGGUCCCGUGACCCGCUUUCAAAAGCGAUCAGAGCCCGUCAAGUACGAGAUUGCCCAGAUCACAAUCAUUGUUGAAAACAGAGCACCGGAAUGUGAUGACAUCAACUUUGAUGGGAUCGUAGUGUAUGCGGAGGAGGAGAAUCGAGAGAUCAAGACCCACUUCACUCCUAGCGGUCUUCUUUUUGCAACACUCUCCCUCGAUGCUCCCAGCUUUGAAGAAUACUUCGCCGGUCUCGAGGAAUUAACCAACAAAGUCGACUUUACCAAACUUCCUCACCGUCGCAGCAUCUCUUACGAAGGGAACUUCAACUGGAAGACCAUGAUCGACGGCUACCAAGAAUGUCUCCAUUGCCAAUACACGCACCCCUCAUUUUCCAAAUUCUAUCCCCCUACUUUCUACUCCGUAACCAACCACUCAACCUUCUCCCAACACAUCGCCGACCCCUCCAAGCCCGCCGACGGCCUCUUCCUCUACUUCUUCCCCAUCUGCACCCUAAACGUGUACGGCGGCGGCAUGUCCUCGUUCCGCACCUUGCCUUCGCCCAACCCGGGCAUGGCGAGAAUGGAGUUCGAUUAUUAUCAUAGCGGGACGGAGGCCGAGUUUGAGGAGUAUUAUAAAUUUGUGAGACAGGUGGCGUUAGAGGAUUUCGAGCUGUGUGAGAAGGCGCAGUGGAAUCUUGAGAGGGGCGUUUAUGGAGAGGGUGUCCUGAACCCUGUGAAGGAGAAUGGGGUUGCUUUUUAUCAGAGGAGGGUUAGGGAGUGCGUUUAUCAGCAUUUCGAGGAGGAGAAGAGGUUGAAGGAGGGAGAAACCAAGGAGGUGGUGGGUGGUGAGGGAGUGGUGGUGAAGGUCGUUGCGGUGCAGUGAUGUGUUAUGUGGUUUUUCGUGGGUUUUGCCUGAUUUUUGAUGCGUUAGUCAGUUGGUUUAGAACAUUCCAACACUCGUUGUCCUUUCUUGUGCUUGUUUUUCGUGUCAAGAGUGAGAUUUCGCCCCAAAAGCCCUCUGCGAGACUCUCCAAAAAGCCUACAAUGAGCGGUGAU